CGCGCGUCGCUUCAUUCGGUCUUUUUAUGCUAAUCGUAUUUUAAUGUCCAGCUGUAUGCAGUCGUAGUAAGGAGCAUGCGCAGUGCGUGACAAGAAAACGGCGAAGAUUCAAAGUUUUUCAUCGGUUGUUUUACGUGUGCAACGAGCUGCAAAAGAAGGAAGACUAUGUUUGGUUUUCACAAGUCAAAGAUCUACCGGAGUAACGACGGCUGUUGCAUCUGCAAGACCAAGUCAUCCAGCUCGCGUUUCACAGACAGCAGUCGAUAUGAAGACACGUUCCGGCUCUGUUUUGGGUUGUCGGAGGACCGUGUUGGAGACAUCUGCAAUGCCUGUGUGUUGUUGGUGAAGAGAUGGAAGAAACUUCCCAGUGGCUCCAAGAAGAACUGGAACCAUGUGGUGGAUGCUAGAGCUGGACCAGGCUUCAAAGUGACAAAACCCAAAAAGAUCAAGAACAGUGAUGGCAAGAAGAAAAGCAAGCUGAAGAGGCUUCACAAGUUAAAGAGACAAAGUCUUGUUUUGCGAGCAGAUUCGGAUGCUCACAGCACCACCUCCAGCGUGUCUCCCGCCCAGUCGCCCAGCUACAGCAAUCUGUCCGAUGACGGCUCGGACAUAGAGUCCAAACAGAGGCGCUCUUCACCUACCACUUUCUCUUUCUUGGACCGCUCCUACUGGAAAAGGCAAAAAGUGUGCUGCGGGAUCGUGUACAAGGGCCGCUUUGGAGAGGUGAUCAUCGAUCCCCGGAUCUUCAAGCCCUGCUGCAAUUCCAAAACGCAGAAGACGCUGACAUCCACGCAAGUUGCCGCCCUCCAUCCGGAAGCACUCCCGCCACAACUUCCGGAAGAAAGAAACCUGGUGAUGGCUCUCGUUUAACCUCGCAAGAGUUGUCCAAGGAACUCACCCGGAAUUUGUCUCCAGUGGCAGACUUCCCCUUUUUCUUGUUCCAUUUUCAUUAGAUCACUUGGUUAGAUGUUUUUUUUUUUUUUUUCUCCUGCAUAUGGGUAUUAUUUUAACUUUUGUAUAUAUUUUUUUUUAAUACAAAACACAAAAAUGAUUUAAAAAAAAUGAACUUAUGGGCAUUAGUUUUAUUUAUAGGAAGAGGAGAGAUUUUUGUUAAAACUCAUUUGUAUAUUUUCGGUUAUUUGUGUGGUUCAUGUGUAAAUAUUUUGUCACUUUCAUACAUAUCAAAACUGUUCUAUUUUUCCGUAAUUUGCAUUUUGGAAAACACCAGCUAUUUCUAGAACCAGCCCACCCUCGGAGUUAUUACUUCACAUGAUGCUGCAAACCUUUAUCUAUCCUGUUGUCUGGUUCACAUGUGACCUUUUAGUAGAGUACAUACGAGGGUGAAUGUUAGUGACAAGCAGGGAGAAAAUUGAAUUAAAUUAGAUUUUAAUAUUUUUGUAGAAGACAGCCAUUGUGAGGUUUUGGGCAGAUGAAGCAUGUCACAACUUGGAACCUUUUUUUCCCCCCAAUACUUGGAGCACAUUGAUUUGAAUAGAUGUGAUUAGAAAAUACAUGCAGUAUGUUUCUCCGCCUUUUGGGGUGAACAAAUUGUGUAUUUAUUCCUUUUGUACAGCCACCAAUGAAAUGAUUUUUUUUUUUUGGGGGGGGGGGGGGUAAAUGUGUACAGUUGUGGUCCACAGAAACAAGUUUUGUUUGCAAGAAUGGGGAACCACAACAUAGGCUUUUCAUGCUAAUCCAGUUUACUAUUCCUAUUGACGAUGAAGCUAAAACAUCAAUUAAAGUGCAUGUAUUUUUAUUUGUUACAAAAUUCAGGGAAGUGUAAUAUGUUCGAAAUAGUGUGCGUAGGUGACCAUGUGAUUUGUCAUGUCAACUGUCAAAAACUAUGCAGACGUUUUGAAUGUGUGGCUUUCGGUCACUUGCUGUUUUCCAGCUUUAAGUGACCAUGGUCCUGAAUCUACCAAAUUGAAUUGUAUAAAGAGCCCAUAAUCACCAUUCAUUGUUAUUGUCCCAAAUAUAUCUAAUGUUCAUGAUGCUCAGGUUGCACUGUGAUAGCCAUGGCAUGCUGUCCUUGCCCCCCCCCCCCUUUUUUUUUUUCUUUUUCUAAACAAUCAGAAUUGGUUUUUGCUGUGGCAGGGUUAUUUUAUUUUGUUAAGGUUCUCAUUAAAAGGAGGCUGGCUCCUUUUAAAUUGCUUAAUAAGCUUUUUUUGGCAGGUGCAUUUUUGAAAUUGAGAUGUGCCUUAACGGAUUACCUAACCUUAUCUUCUCAUGUAAUUUAUAUUUAUUUAUUGCAAAACUUUUUUUUUUAACUGACAGCUGGUGUAAAGCGUUUUUCCCAAAUGUUUUUGCGCACUUCCGUUGAACAUGCAAGCUUAUAAUGUUUUUCCAAUUCUUUUUGUAUACUGUACCACCGCGUAGAGCUGUACUGUAAUAAGGUAAAAUAAAAAUUAAACGGUG